CCCCGCCCCCAGCUCCGUUGCCCGUUACCCGCCCCGCCGCUGUGGAGGUGCGCAGGUCCAGGCCUGCCCGCGGCGAGCCCAGGGGCUGCACGGGGUGAUGACCACAGCAGCCCUGCUUCCCGCAUAGACGACCCGGACGAGAGGGUGUAGGGAUUGUGCAGCAGAGUGCUAGGACCAGACACUCCAGUGAUGACCAGGUGGGUUCUAGGCAGUUCCCCUGUCUCCAGAGUUGUCUACAAUGGCAAGAGGAACAGUAGCCCCCGCUCUCCCACCAACAGCAGUGAGAUCUUCACACCAGCCCACGAGGAGAAUGUACGCUUCAUUUAUGAAGCCUGGCAGGGUGUGGAGCGAGACCUGCGCAGUCAGCUGUCUGGUGGCGAGCGGGGCCUAGUAGAGGAGUAUGUGGAGAAGGUCCCCAACCCCAGCCUGAAGACCUUCAAGCCCAUUGACCUGAGUGAUCUGAAGCGUCGGAACACGCAGGACACCAAGAAGUCCUAGAGUGCCUGGCACCCCUCCCCUGGCCUCCAGAAGAUCAGGGUGCUCUUGAUGUUGGUUUCCUCCUGUCCCAUGGUCUCUGUUCCUGGGGGGGUGGGGGAAGGGGGACAUGCUCUGUGGGCCACAUACCUAGAAGGAUUGAUAGUUGAGGCCUCUCCUUUUCCUUUCUGGGGAUCCCAGGCUGCCCCUGUCACUGAGGGAGUAGGGGUCUGGCCCUACCAGCCCCCAGUUCCCCUGCCAGCUGCAUCUUGGGUGGCACUAACCCUGUCUACUCCCAGAGACCCUAACCCCAACCCUCUCUGGUGUCACCUGCCACCACCCCACAUCUCCCUGUUCCUGGCUGCUUCAGGACAGGAGGAAGAAGAGGGGUUCUUUCUCUAGCUGCUGGAACUGAAUGAUUUUGUCCUUGAGGUGACUGGAAAGUAGGACAUGUUACAUUCCCACCUACAUACAGUGUGGGCUCCUUCCCCAUGGACACCUGCUGUUCUUCUGGCCUGGACACUUGGGGAGCUUCUCCCAUCCCCACUGUCCAGCCUGCCCCUUGCCUCAGUUUCAGAGUGGUAACAGCUCUGAGCCUGGGACAGUGCUAGCCUCUCUGAAGGGGUCCCUAGCAACCAGCCUGGUCUCCUGGGCUUGCAGCCCUGUGGCUACAACAGUGCCCAUGGACAGGGCACCAAAGCUAGCCCUGAAGGGAUGGUGCUUCCAGGCCUGUCCUGGCUCUCUGGUGUGUGCUGGGAGGGUCACCAGGGCCCCUUUCUUGUGCCCAAUGGUAGCCAAGUAUGUGGCUCUGAGACUGAUGAUCUGUGAAUAAAGGCCAGUGGCACUGGGA